UGACCCGGGCGGGCGGGCGCGGGGAAGUCGGCUCCGCUCGGCUCCGGCCAGAUGGGCGGGCGGCUGCGGGGGCACCAUGAGCGGCCGGAAGCGCAGCUUCACCUUCGGGGCCUACGGAGGGGUGGACAAGUCCUUCGCCCCUUGCCGGAGUGUGUGGAGGAGUGAUGGGCAGAGCCAGCGCUUCCCUCAGGCACUAGACCUGCCGAGAGUGGACUUCGUCUCCCCACACGCUGCCUCACUCUGCCCAAAGAACACAGAUCUGUUUGAGAUGAUUGAAAAGAUGCAGGGAAGCAGGAUGGAUGAACAACGAUGCUCCUUCCCACCACCCCUCAAGACGGAGGAGGACUACAUUCCCUACCCAAGUGUCCACGAGGUCCUGGGGCGAGAAGGGCCCUUCCCCCUCAUCCUGCUGCCCCAGUUUGGGGGCUACUGGAUUGAAGGCACCAACCACGAAAUCACCAGCAUCCCGGAGACAGAGCCGCUGCAGUCCCCCACGACCAAGGUGAAGCUGGAGUGCAACCCCACAGCCCGCAUCUACCGGAAGCACUUUCUCGGCAAGGAGCAUUUCAAUUACUACUCCCUGGACGCUGCCCUGGGCCACCUUGUCUUCUCACUCAAAUACGAUGUCAUCGGGGACCAGGAGCACCUGCGGCUGCUGCUCAGGACCAAGUGCCGGACAUACCACGAUGUCAUCCCCAUCUCCUGCCUCACCGAGUUCCCCAACGUGGUCCAGAUGGCAAAGCUGGUGUGCGAAGAUGUGAAUGUGGAUCGAUUCUAUCCUGUGCUCUACCCCAAGGCCUCCCGGCUCAUCGUCACCUUUGAUGAACACGUCAUCAGCAACAACUUCAAGUUUGGAGUCAUUUAUCAGAAGCUUGGGCAGACCUCCGAGGAGGAGCUCUUCAGUACCAACGAGGAGAGCCCUGCCUUCGUGGAGUUCCUCGAAUUUCUUGGCCAGAAGGUCAAACUGCAGGACUUUAAGGGGUUCCGCGGAGGCCUGGACGUGACCCACGGGCAGACGGGGACCGAGUCUGUGUACUGCAACUUCCGCAACAAGGAGAUCAUGUUUCACGUGUCCACCAAGCUGCCCUACACAGAAGGGGACGCCCAGCAGUUGCAGCGAAAGCGGCACAUCGGGAAUGACAUCGUCGCUGUGGUCUUCCAGGAUGAGAACACGCCCUUUGUGCCUGACAUGAUUGCGUCCAACUUCCUGCACGCCUAUGUGGUGGUGCAGGCCGAGGGCGGGGGGCCCGGCGGCCCCCUCUAUAAGGUCUCUGUCACGGCCAGAGAUGACGUGCCCUUCUUUGGGCCCCCACUCCCGGACCCUGCUGUGUUCAGGAAGGGGCCCGAGUUCCAGGAAUUUUUGCUGACAAAACUGAUCAAUGCGGAAUAUGCCUGCUACAAGGCAGAGAAGUUUGCCAAACUGGAGGAGCGGACGCGCGUGGCCCUCCUGGAGACGCUGUACGAGGACCUGCACGUGCACAGCCAGUCCAUGAUGGGCCUGGGCGGCGACGACGACAAGCUGGAGAACGGAGGCGGGGGCGGCGGCUUCUUCGAGUCUUUCAAGCGGGUCAUCCGGAGCCGCAGCCAGUCCAUGGAUGCCAUGGGACUCAGCAACAAGAAGCCCAACACCGUGUCCACCAGCCACAGCGGGAGCUUCGCACCCAACAACCCUGACCUGGCCAAGGCCGCUGGAAUAUCAUUGCUUAUUCCCGGGAAAAGUGCGAGUAGAUUCGGACGCCGGGGCAGUGCCAUAGGCAUAGGAACCGUGGAAGAGGUUGUCGCCCGUGGGGCCAGCGGCUCUGGAGGCUGCCUGCACGCGCUGCUCUCUGCUCGCUCUCAGGACGAAGGCCAUAUUGGGGAUGUUGCCCUCUUCCCCUGGGACAGGUCCAAGGGCAUGCAGUCACUGAUUGUCCCUGGGAAGAGCCCCACGCGGAAGAAGUCAGGUCCGUUUGGCUCACGCCGCAGCAGCGCCAUCGGCAUCGAGAACAUACAGGAGGUGCAGGAGAAAAGGGAGAGCCCCCCGGCUGGCCAGAAGACCCCAGACAGCGGGCACGCCUCACAGGAGCCGAAGUCAGAGAACUCCUCCACUCAGAGCUCCCCAGAGAUGCCAACGACCAAGAACAGAGCGGAGACCGCAGCCCAGAGAGCAGAAGUGCUGAAGGACUUCUCCUGCUCCUCGUCCAGUGCCAGCAGCUUCGCCAGCGUAGUGGAGGAGACGGAGGGUGUGGACGGGGACGACACAGGCCUGGAGAGCAUGUCGUCCUCAGGGACUCCGCACAAGCGGGACUCCUUCAUCUAUAGCACGUGGCUGGAGGACAGCGUCAGCACCACGAGUGGGGGCAGCUCCCCAGGCCCCUCGCGGUCACCCCAUCCAGACGCCGGCAAGUCGGGGGACCCUGCAUGUCCGGAGAUCAAGAUCCAGCUGGAAGCGGCUGAGCAGCACACGUCCCAGCUGAUGAGGUCGAAGAAACACAAGGUGAAGAUGCUGUGUCAAAUCCAGGCAGAUAGGACCUCUGCCCCCAAGGCCACCACCAGCCUGUGUGCUGCCCCCUGUCUCCCUAACCCUCCCCUGGGCCCACCAUCUGGGCUGUCUCUGCAGGGCGGAGCCAUCCAGACCUGGGAGCGGGGAAGCUGCUGGCGUCAUCCUCACCCCCCGGGUUGGGGGCCAGGCUACAGGGAGUGGUCAGUUGCAGCAAAACUCCAGGCCUGGCUUGCCCCGGCCUGGGCCCUCCAUCACACCUUGGUGUCCCUCUCGACUCAGGGGGGGCAAGAUGAGAGGGGGGACCGAGAUCUCUCAGUGCAUACAGAGCCUCCAGGCAGCGGGGGGUGAGAUGUGAUGGAGGGAGCCCCAGGUUGGGAAUCCUGCGUCCUGAGUCCUGGCUUCUAAUUUGGGUUCUGCUGUGCGGCUCUGGGCUGUCUCUGGGCACCUCUGCUACCAAUGGACUAGAUCACUUCAGAGGUCACCGAAGACUGCGAUUCCAUGCACCUGCCCAGAAUGGGGGACCGGCCUCCCGGGGGCCUCCCAUCACCCUGUCCUGCUUCCUGGGGCUCUGAGGCCCCUGGUGGGCUGAGGGGCAGGGAGCUGGCGAUGCCUGUUGCCCCUCCUGGACCCUCAAGCUCUACCACAGACCUGCCGAUGCCCCGUCCGCUGCCUCCACGUGACAGACAAGCGGCCCCCUUGGAGGAGGAACCUACCUGGCUCUCAGCCGGCACCCAGCUCCACCUCUGCCCCCCAUGUUCUGGGCGCUCCCGGCUGAGUGGUCUCGGCUGGCCUGGAGUUACAGGUCUCGCCUUUGCGACCCCCCCAUUCCCAUGGAGGGGGCCGCCAGGCAUAGCUGCUGUGAGUCCACAUCUUGUGUGUGUCUGUCCACACUUUUUAGGCGCCACCGUCAAAGGCCAGCCUUCCUGUCCCAACACCCAUCUGGGAAGCCCCCGUGGCUGUGUGUAUGUUGGUAACAGUUGUACAAAAUAAAUUCUAUUUAUCGCUAUUGUA